AAUUUAGUCCAAUAUUGUACAACAAUGGCAGGGUGGGUUGUAGUUGUAGUGCUGGUUGUGAGCUACACCAAUGUACUUGGAGCACAGAAGUGGGGAAGGCUUCCACAGCGUCUGACUAGGCCAGUGACUUAUGCUGAGCAGCCCCAGUGGAGGCCUCAGCAGGCUACACAGAGGCCAGCAGACACAACUCCUAUGGAGAAAUGCCAAGUAAAUGAGGAGGAGAGGAUUACUUGUGGAAACCCUGUAAUUACUAUUGCUCAAUGUGAAGCGAUCAACUGCUGCUUUGAUGGGCGGCGGUGCUACUAUGGGAAAGCAGUGACUGUGCAGUGUACCAGAGAUGGCCAGUUUGUUGUGGUGGUGGCCAGGGAUACCACUUGGCCCAACCUGGACCUUGAUUCUAUCAAUCUGCUUGGAGGGAAGGAUGCCCCCUGUAAGCCUGUUGGCACCAAUACAGCCUUUGCCAUAUACCAGUUCCCUGUCACUGCAUGUGGCACCACUCUGAUGGAUGAAAGUGGCUAUGUGGUUUAUGAGAACAGCAUGACCUCUUCCUAUGAAGUGGGGGUUGGACCUCGGGGCUCAAUCACCAGAGACAGCCAUUUUGAGCUGCUAUUCCAGUGUAAGUAUUCUGGCACUGCAGUGGAGGUUCUAGUUGUUGAGGUGAACCCUGUUCCUCCACCUGCUCCGGUUGCUGCUCCUGGACCCAUCAGACUGGAGCUCCGACUGGCCAGUGGGCAAUGUUACAACAAGGGAUGUGUGGAAGAAUUGGAAGCCUAUAGCUCAUACUACAGUGAGGCAGACUACCCAGUUGUGAAGGUCCUAAAGGAGCCAGUGUAUGCUGAGGUUCACAUCCUGGGGAGGACAGACUCUAACCUGGUCCUGAAUCUGGAGCACUGCUGGGCCACAUCCACCCACAGUCCUCUAAGCCUGCCCAAGUGGGACCUCCUGGUUGAUGGGUGUCCCUACCAGGAUGACCGCUACCUGACCAAUGUGAUCCCUGUGGCUGGCUCCUCUGGCAUUGCAUUCCCAACCCACUACAAACGCUUUGUGGUCAAGAUGUUCACCUUUGUGGAUGCUGACACCUUAACCCCUCUGAAGGACAGGGUGUUCAUUCACUGUAGUACGGAGGUGUGCUACCCUACUAAGACCUACAACUGUCAACAGCACUGCAACAGGCUUAGGAGAGCUGUGGCAGCAGUGAAGUCUGUGGAUGGUGAGAUAGCUGUGGUGUCCAGUGGGGAGCUGAUUCUGACCCUAUAACCACCUGUCCAGGUCUGAGGAUAAAUCCUUCUGCUCAACUUCAGCUUGGGCUGAGGGCCUGACUGCCCUUGUUGCAUACACAAGAUGCUUGUUAAAUAAAAUGCUUGAUAUUCAA